AGAAAAAGUCUGGCCUAUCCUCUUCAACCAGUGUGCUGCUUGCUUAUCUCGUUCAGCCGUGCGUUCUCCGCGCUACUUCUCGUCCUCCUGCCGCGGAAGAUUUUGCAGCGGAAGCUACUUGCUAGCAUGGGAGGUGCGGGCGGCGCAGUCCCGAGCCACGGCCUCGCCUGCGCGCCCCCGGCCGCCGUCACUCUGAAUCCGCGAGCGCGGCGCGCUUCCCCGGGCAGCGGCGGCCACUGGAGCAGCCCUCAGCAGCCACUGAGGAGCGACCUGCUGCCGCCGCCCACCGUCGCCUGCCGAGCUCGCUCUCGGUCUUCUUCCUCGUCUAAUGUGAACUUUGGGAGAGGGGAUGAUGCGGAUAAGUUGCUCGAGGAUUUGCUCAAACAGCACGGCGAGGUGGUGUACAGCUCAGGUGGACCUCCGUCUCCCACCGUUGAGGCCGACGACGACGCCGAGUGCUUGUCCUUUGCUGUCUCGUUGGCUAAAGCCGCAAGUGAGAUAAAGGCUACUGAUAUCCGUGUACUUUGCGUGAAGCGGCUUGUCUACUGGACUAGGUUCUUCAUCAUUCUCACUGCCUUCUCAAAUGCUCAGAUAGAUGCUAUCAGUUCCAAAAUGAGAGAUAUUGGCGAGAAGCAGUUUAGCAUAGUUGCAUCUGGUGAUACGAAACCGAAUUCUUGGACAUUACUGGAUUUUGGUGAUGUUGUAGUCCAUAUAUUCCUUCCGCAGCAGCGAGCAUUCUACAACCUGGAAGAGUUCUAUGGCAACGCCACACCCAUCGAACUCCCAUUUGACACCCAAUUGCAGUGAUUGUUGAUUGUUAUAUCAUUCUGAGCCAGCACCAGGAAGCAUCCCAAUCAAGCCAACAUACUGUUCGCUUUACUGAGAAGUGAGAUUUUCGUGAAGCCAGAUGACAUUGUUACCACAAAUUUGACAUCGUCAUCUUACUGGUCAUCAGAUGUGGUCAGCUGUGAGAGAAAAAAAACCUGUGGUGCGAGGUCUCAACUGACAAAAUGCUAGUACCUUCAACCGGCACUGCUCCGAGCCUCCGAUGCUGUGCAAAAAUGGCACCUUGAUGCAGAAUUUCUCAGUUUCUAUUGUCAUGCUCUGUAUAUCUGUGUGAACUAUCAAAUAAUGUUGGCAGCCACACUUGGCUUCCCAUGACCGGGAGCAUCAUUGUGUCGAUCCAGAAAUUUGUUCACUGGCUCCUGGCUCGCUGAUAUUAACACCAUCUGACAGCUUGUGAAUUGUGAUGUUCACUGCUGGCUUAUGCAAGCCGCUGCACUGAACAAGCUGUGACCUAACAGAUGUAAUUAGUCUACAAAUCUGAAAUUAUUGACUUACGAUCUAUUUGGUUCCUCUUGCUAAA